ACCCAACUCUUGCACCCACUCAGCGAAAAAGACUUUCUCUUGCCACGCUACACAAAGUCCAACUGCACACUACCGAUCCAAGAAGAAUGUCCGAAGCAGCUAAGCCAGACCCCGCGGCCGACCAGGCCACCAACCCUGGCCCGACUCUAGUCAAGGACGAGACGGCCAAGGUCACGACUGACAAGGCUGCCGACAAGGCCGAGAGCACAGAGAGCAAGCCCGUCACGGAGAAGGCGACAGAGGCGGUGGCUGCGGUCAAGGACAACGUCUUUUCCAUGUUUGGUGGCGGCCCCGCAAAGGCGAAGAAGGAGGAAGAGGAUGAUGCCGACGAGCCAUCAGGCGCCUCAAAGAGCAAGGCCGAUGACGAGAACCCCGAGAACGAGGAGCCUGACGUUGAAUUCCAGCCCGUCGUGCACCUGACGGAGAAGGUCGACACCAAGACCAACGAGGAACUCGAGGAGCAAGUGUUCAAGAUGCGCGCCAAGCUGUUCAAGUUCGACCGAGAGUCGCGGGAGUGGAAGGAGCGAGGCACUGGUGAUGUCCGGUUACUGAAGCACAAGGAGAACGGCAAGACGCGUCUGGUCAUGCGCCGAGACAAGACACUCAAGGUCUGCGCCAACCACUACGUUGUUCCCGACAUGAAGCUUUCGCCCAACGUAGGCAGCGACCGCAGCUGGGUCUGGAAUGCCGCCGCCGAUGUCAGCGAGGGCGAGCCCGAGGCCCAGACGCUUGCUAUCCGCUUCGCCAACAGCGAGAACGCCAACCAGUUCAAGGAGGCCUUCAUCAAGGCCCAACAAGAGAACGAGGCGCUCUUUGGCAAGUCGGAGUAAUGGUAGCAGCCAGCGCAAGGCUGGAGCCGAGGACAACGAGGGACGAGGAACGAGGGACGAGGGACGAGAAACGAAGGAUGAAGGCAUGUAUUGCAUGAAGCGCGAGGGAGCAUUUUGGGAUGAUGACACAUUCUGGCGGUAGAAGACGCAACCCAGAGCCUGCACACAAUUAGAUAGCAACCAAAUGGCCCGACUGAUAUAAGUACAUGGUCGACGGCAUUCCCCCC